AUGAAUCACAGCAAGAAAAAUUCAAUGAGAUCGUUUUCAGAGAAUUCUCAUCUAACUGAAACAUCAGAACUGAUUCAUAUUGAACCGGUUGUGUUCCACAUCCCUAUAAAAAGGAGUAUUAGAUGUGUGUCAUUUGAGAUAGGUACAGUGUUUGAAAACACUUUUAAUAUAAUAACUUCAGUGUGUUUUUUCUCACCUAGGUGUAUCGUUGAUUUUUUUCUUGUGAUUACACAACUAGGAUUUUGCAGCGUUUAUAUUGUGUUCUUGGCAGAAAAUGUGAAACAAGUCCACGAAGGAUUUUUGGAGAACAGGAUUGUACCCAGGAAUGACACUGGAACCAUUGGUCCCACUGAGAAAAGGAGUGUUGAUUUACGAAUAUAUAUGCUGUGUUUUCUGCCAUUUAUUAUUCUACUGGUUUUCAUUCGUGACCUGAAGAACCUGUCUAUGCUUUCCUUCCUUGCCAAUUUUUCCAUGGCUGUCAGUCUGGUAAUAAUUUACCAAUACAUUGUUCGAAAUAUAUCUGAUCCUCGAAAGCUUCCCCCUGUGGCUGGUUGGAAGAAAUAUCCACUUUUUUUUGGUACUGCCAUAUUUGCUUUUGAAGGCAUUGGUGUGGUGCUCCCACUGGAAAAUAGGAUGAGAGAAACACAACGUUUCACACAGGCACUGAACAUUGGAAUGGGAAUUGUAAUGAUUUUGUAUAUCACUUUAGCCACUCUAGGAUACCUGCGCUUUGGGGAUGAAAUCAAAGGCAGCAUAACUUUAAACCUGCCACAAGAAGUAUGGUUGUACCAAUCCGUAAAAGUUCUGUAUUCCUUUGGGAUUUUUGUGACCUAUUCAAUUCAGUACUACGUUCCUGCAGAGAUCAUCAUUCCAGCAAUUACCUCAAAAGUACAGCAAAAAUGGAAGCUGUUCUGUGAAGUUAUGGUGAGGACACUGUUAGUCUGCUCAACCUGUGCUGUAGCAGUCUUGAUCCCUCGCCUAGAUCUGGUGAUUUCCUUUGUCGGAGCCGUAAGCAGCAGCACUUUGGCAUUGAUCCUACCACCUUUGGUAGAAAUCCUCACAUUUUACAAGGAAAACUUAAGUGUGUGUAUAAUAGUUAAAGACAUCUUUAUAGCUGUCAUUGGAGUCAUUGGCUUUUUAACGGGGACAUAUGUGACAGUUGAAGAGAUCAUUUAUCCUGCUUCUACCAUCUUAGUUAAUGCAACGGAGAGCACCUUUGAAGAUUUGAACACUUCAAACUUGGUGACUGGUUUUAAUUAAUGAAGAGAGAACCAAAAAUCAUUUUGUUCCUGGUUGUGGUUUCUGAUUAGGAACAAAAGAUCAUGAUAGAGCCUGAAGUUGGAAGUCUGGGCCAUAUUCAAAUGAACUGAAAAGUUAAUUUCUGAAAAAUAAUACACCUCUUUCCUUUUCUAUAUUUUUCUCCUUUUGCCCAUUCUGUAACAACCACAGACCAGAUCUCUGUGUGAAGUCUCUCAAGCAAUCUCAGCUGUAUCUAGAGAAGGAAAGGACUGGUUUAAGUGUCGAUGUGGAAAGUAUUUAUAUAUGAAUUGCACGUGCAACCAAAUGUCAUUCAUCAGAAAAAUAAAAUGCCUACUAAGAGGAGUGAAACCCACCAUGCUUCACACCAGCACCAUGAUGCCUAUAUACUGCUUCCAUCUCAUUAAAGGGGCUAAGUGGAACUUAAGUAGUGGAUAGACCUGCUGGUUCUCAGUGAAGAGGUGAAUUUCUCCCCAGUGGAUAAUAGCUACUUUCUAUAUAGCUUGGAUUGUUAGUAAUGUUUCCAGGGACCUGUAGACUUACUACCUGGAAGUACUUAAAAAACAACAAAUAGUCUGGUAGCACUUUAAAGACUAACACCUAUAGGUGCUUUGCUCUAAUUACUGGGCACUAGUAUGUCUUAAAUCAAUAUGGUUUUGAGAAAUUAUUAUGACUGUUCUUGCAGUCUUUUCACACUGGCAUCUGUGCGAGAUCUAAAGACAUAAAAUCUUCAGGGUUGAGGUCAUAAUGCUUAGCACGUGUUCUGCAGAACACCAGUGUCAGUAGUUUAUGUGCCAUUAGGCAUGAGGUCACUUUUUAAUGAAAUCUAGACUGAUAACAAGCACUUUACCUGAAGCUCCUUCAUUCCAGUUCUGCAAACUGCUCUGUAUGGGCAAACCCAUACUC